AUAUGUGGUUUAUGAAACCAAUUUUCAGGUUUACAUACCAGCAUUAUGAGACCAAUCGGUUUAUGAGGCCAUUUUUAGUGGUCUCUUAAUUCUGGAAAUUUAAAUUGUCAUAAUUAUUAACAAAUAAUUAAUAAAAUUGUUAUUAAUGUGUUUAUGAUUACUAAAUGCAGUAGUUUAUUGAUUAGUGUUACUAUUUUACUUCUAUUACACUACCUACCCUUUUUAGUAGCUUUAUAAAUAUGGUCUUUUAAACCAUGAUGUGUCUGCGUAAACUUAAAACAGUGCCCCUGUAGGAGGGAUUUGGUAUUGCAAAGUUAUACACCUGGCGCCAAAUUACACACACAUUCGCGCCAUAAGCGUUUGGCGGAAGUUACCAGCUACGCAGUUCGCGCGUUGGCUGCCCAAAUGAAGAGUCGCCGCACCGGAGUGAACAUCGGAGUCUUCGAAGAGAAUGAGUCGAAUGAUGAGACGUGGCAGAGGAUUAAAUCCUCUCAAAGAUGCCAUACACCAUGUGAAAAUGGGGAAAGACAAAAACAUAAUAUCAGAGCGAUACAUUAAUCCCGCCAAAGGUCGGGGAGUAUUUGCAAAUACCCUUAUUGUAAAAGGUUCCUUCAUUCUUGAAUACAGAGGAACUUUAAUUGAGAAAGGGGAUUUUGAAGACAUAUUAAAUGAAUAUGCAUACUUUUUUAACCACCUAGGGCAUAACUACUGCAUUGAUGCCUCUUAUGAUAAUGGCUCACUCGGUCGACUUGUUAACGAUGAUGAGAAGCCAAAUGCAAAAAUGAGGAAAAUUCUAGAUGUUGAUGGAAAGCCACAUCUAUGUUUGUUUGCAAUCAAGGACAUCGAUGCAGGUGAAGAAAUAUUAUACGAUUAUGGAGGACAUAACUUGCCAUGGCGUUCUCGCCAUGGACAGGAACAUUACAAGCACCUUCAUGAGCCCGUUGCUCCAACCAUGACAGCAUGUGACAUCAGGUCUCCUACAGAGCACCUUCAUGAGCCUGUCGGUCCAGCCAUGACUGCAUGUGACAUCAGGUCUCCUACAGAGCACCUUCAUGAGCCUGUCGCUCCAGCCAUGAGGGCAUGUGACAUCACAUCUCCUACAAAGCACCUUCAUGAGCCUGUCGGUCCAGCCAUGACGGCAUGUGACAUCAUGUCUCCUACAGAGCACCUUAAUGAGCCUGUCGCUCCAGCCAUGAGGGCAUGUGACAUCACAUCUCCUACAAAGCACCUUCAUGAGCCUGUCGCUCCAGCCAUGAGGGCAUGUGACAUCACAUCUCCUACAAAGCACCUUCAUGAGCCUGUCGGUCCAGCCAUGACGGCAUGUGACAUCAGGUCUCCUACAGAGGACAUAACCGUUGGAUCCCAGCAGGAAUCCACAAGACCAGGCAGCGGUGAUGAUGAAAGAGGAAGAAAGAGAAAGAGAAAAGAGAAGAACAUUGGAGUGAGAAGGAGAGAGACAGCCAGAGUUUGCAAAGCACAUCAACUUGUCAAAGAGGAGAUGAUUUCGCUUGAAAAAUGUUCUGUUUGCUCUGGACCGGUUUCCCCACUGAAGUGGUGGGGGCUGAAAUGUAAAGGGCUUUUGGAAAGCAGGCCAUGUCCAAACACAUCAGAAGGACUAAAAGCUGACAGACAAAUCUCUGAAAACGAUGUCUCUAGCAGAGGAAGGCGGAUGCCCAAAAGGAGACCAUGGACGAAACCUGAGGUGAACGCUGUGAUGAGACACUUCAAAAUGCACAUCAGCAAAGCUCACUUGGCAACAAUGAGGGAGUGUGAGGUCUGCAAAAGGUGCGAGCAUCCGGUCCUUCAAAACCGGUCCGUCCAAAUAUACGUGAUUUUGUACGGAACCGAGGGCGAAAUUUUAAACACGUGGAAAAUUAAGUCGAAAUUUUAAUGUUCGUAGUCCAAGGGGCUAAUAAUCUGUUUGACACAUUUUAGUUCUACUCUUUUAACUUGUAAUUUUUUUGAUAAAAAUGUAUGUAUUUAUUAGUUUCAAAAUAGAAAUUUUAAGAAAACAUGUUUUAUUCUCCUGCUGGUAGUGUUGAUCAUUUUAGUUUAUAUGUUUAAUCUGAGGGACUAUAGACCUCUGUUGAUGUUUUUUUAACUUUAACAUUUGUGGUGUUUCAUGAAGUUGGGUUAUGUUUUUCAUUCCUGUCCCUGAAAGGCAAUGUUUUGUACCUGUCAAUGUACAAUAUUUGACAAUAUGUUGUUGAAGAUUCAACACUUGCAACAUUAUAAUAAAUUACUACUAAUUUGA